CAAACCACACACACACGCGCGCUUACCCCUUACCCGCCGCAGCCGCAGCCGCAGCCGCAGCAUUUAACGCGGCACGAGGAGAGUGGGGAGCGUCACGAGCGUGAGCACACAGCACACACCACCCGCGGCGGCAGCAAGCGGCAGCGAUGGCGUCCAUCAUCGUGCUCGUCUCCGUGCUCCUCCUCGACGUCAUCGCCUUCGGCCUCGCCGUCGCCGCCGAGCAGCGCCGCAGCAAGGCGACCGUGACGCCCGACAUGGUCAAGGAGUACGACUACUGCGUCUACGACUCCGACAUCGCCACGGGCUACGGCGUCGGCGCGCUCCUCCUCCUCCUCGCCGCGCAGGUCGUCGUCAUGCUCGCCAGCAAGUGCUUCUGCUGCGGCCGCGGCCUCAAGCCCGGGGGGUCCCGCGCCUGCGCCCUCAUCCUCUUCCUCUUCGCAUGGUUGACCUUCCUCAUUGCCGAGGCAUGCUUGCUGGCUGGAUCCAUCCGGAAUGCAUACCACACCCGGUACAGGGGGAUCUUUGGUGGUAACCCGCUCUCUUGCGAGACUGUGCGCAAGGGUGUCUUCGCUGCUGGUGCGGCCUUCACCUUCUUCACAGCCAUCCUCAGUGAGUUCUACUACAUUAGCUACUCCAAGUCCCGGGAUGCUGCUGGGGGUGCCCCGUACGGUGGCUCCAACAUCGGCAUGGGCACUUACAGUUAAAGGAGCUUGCUGAAGGAUGAUCCAGUCCUUGAGUUUGUUGGAUUCAAGGUGGAGCAUGUGGUCUUGGAGUGCAUUGUUCUUGUUGACAUUACCUUAGUUACGGUGUAAUUGGUUGGGUUUACUAUCCCAUUAGGUUGUAUGAGAUUACUUGGUUGGGUUGUACACUAUUCGGAUUAUUGGAUUGGCUCUGAACAAGGAAUACACGUAUCCUAGUAUCGUAAUGUGCUAUUUGCCUGCUGAUA